AUGGGUAAGGAAAGUCAGAGCUAUGACUGGCAGUGCCACCAAGACCCCCCUGCAGAUAAAAUAAUGCCACCUGAAAGCAAAAAUGGGGUUCUGCACCAGAAGAAGGUGGAACCGAUGGGGAGAAUGUUCAAAGCAACAGGUGUCCACACAGUGGACAUCACCAUCCAGAUGACAGAAGUGACCAGGAGCACUUGCCUUGAAAAGCAACUCCUGAGCUUGUUUUCUGAGACUUCAUUGUGUAUCCGAAUCCAUUUUCGACGGGAAGCUCCCAAGUGUGCUGGACUACAGCGACCCGGUUCACCAAGCCGCCCAGGCGGCACGUUAGCUGUGUGGGCGGGCCCGCGCAGCCGCAGUGUGCUGGAGGCGCUCCUUACGACCAGAAGCCACGCCCCUUACGGGAGCUGCGGGAAUGCGCCUGGCUCUGUCACGCAGUCGCGUUCGCGCGGUGUAGGUGGGGCUAGAGGCCGCCUAGGGGGUUGUAGGGUGACGGCGCUGCCGCCAUUUUGUAGGGUGUUUGUUGCAGCGGUUGGAGAGGAACGACGGCGGUUUGGCGACGUUUUUCGGCCAAAGGGCCUUUUGCUUUCGCAGAGGACUGCUCUACAUUAUGCCUGUGCCUUUGGCCACCCAGAACUGGUGGCUUUUUUAGUGAAGAAAAAUUGUAAUGUUCACCUCUGUGACCGUGAUGGCAACACACCAUUGAUGAAGGCCCUACAAUAUCUGGAAGAGAAAUGUGCAGCUAUCCUUCUAGAAAAUGGUGCUGAUCCAAAUGCUCACAACAACCAAAAUGAAACUCCUCUUCACUUUGCUCUUUCUCUGAAGAAAACAUCACUAGCAGAAAAACUGCUUUCACUCAAUGCAGAUAUAGAAGCCAGAACUACGAGGGGCUAUACACCACUUUUACUUGCCAUAGAGCAAAACAGACAGCAGAUGGUUGAAACAUUAAUUCAGAACAAAGCAAAUAUACAUGCAGUUGACCAGAAGGGAAGAACAGCCCUCAUGUUUGCUUUGGAACAAAAAUCAAAACACGUAGUUGAGAUGCUUCUUCAGAGUGGUAUUGAUGUCUCUGCUGCAGAUAACUUUGGGCAGAUGGCAUUAGCUUAUGCUAUUGCUAGUGGUGAUACUAACCUGAAGGAAUUAAUUCUUCAAUAUAUGAAAGUAGAAUCUAAACAUCCUGAAAAUAUCAACCCAGUGGAUGAAGAUUCUACGGAUGACAAUUUAAAAAGGAUUUCUAAUAAAACUGAUCCUGAUGAUCAUUGUCUCACCUUGGAUGAGGCCAAAUAUAAAUAUUAUGACAAGGAUAUCCCCAAAGAAAAUGGAGAAUUACCUCACACUUCUAAUGAAUCGAAGAAUGAUGAAGAAACAAAUGAAACUGAGGAACCUAAACUUAAAACAUUACCUGGAAACUGUGAUGGUGAUAUUAAAAAGAAAAAUGUGAUUGAAACCACUCCUGUGGAGGAAAUCAGUAUAAAGAACUAUCCGAGUAUUUUUUCUUCCUCAGUUGGCUCAAAGUCCAAACAGGCCAGCAUUUUUUUUGGAGACUUUAAUGUGAAAUCCUUUCAUCCUUGCCUACCAGGGAGUGUUAUGGAACCCUUUCCAGAGGAAGAGAACCUUGUGAUGUUCCUGAGUGUUCUGGUGGACUGGAUGAUACCAGAUAUCCCAACAGACAUCAGCGACCAGAUCAAGAAAGAGAAGAGCUUGUUAGUGGACUUCUUUUUGAAAGAGGAGCAUGAAAAGCUCAAGCUCUCUGAAGAGCCAGCCCAGAAGAGCGAGGGAGGCGGGGAUCAGAGCAGGAGGAGCCGGGCUGCCAGCUCAGCACCCUCCAACCGAAGCCAGCCAGGCAGCAUAGCAUCCGCAGGUUCCCAGCACACCAACGUGUGAGCUGCGCAUCCCACCCCACCGCGGAGGAGGGCGUGGCAGCAGCUAGACGCAUGCGCAGGAGCACACUUGUACACCCGCAGGAGCGUGUUCUGAAUCUUCCCGGACCGGCCUGAUGGCGUCUCGAAGUAUGUGUGAAAGGGAGAGAAGAAAAUUGAGAGAUCAACAGAAUGAGUACUAGAAGGAAGAGACAUAAUGCUGCUUUUCAGAAACUUCAAGCUUAAGUUUCUUGUAAAUCCUAUUUUGAGUUAUAUCCUUUUGGGGGAUUAUUACCCCAUUGGGGUCUCUCCACCCCAGAGUUUCCAGACACCUUGAGCCUUCCCUUGUCCCCUGGGGCUCCCUCUUGUACUUCACCAUUAUUUCAGAUGACCACAGGCUGUGAGAGAAGUGCAGCAAGAGCCACAUCCUAGUCCCCAUGGUACAUGAUCACCACCCCCUUCCUGCUGUCACCCUGAGAAAACCGCUCUGGGACACUGGCAACUGAGGCUGUCACACAUUGUGGUGGAUGCAAAUUAAGUUACAGAGCGGACUGCUGUGGCCACUGGACCUGAGAAUGGUGAGCAAAGGUCCAGCCUGGUCUUGUCUACAGUUCAUGUCACAGGGACGUGUGGAGUUCACUGCAACUGUCAUUUUAUGCAAGUUCCAAUUUUAAAUAAUAAAAUAAAUGGCCACAUUCUUUUUAAAGAUA